AUGGCGUCGCUCCUGCGACAGCUCGUCGCCGGCCCUCGCGCCAGGCAUCCCGAGGCCGGCCUCGACCUGUGCUAUGUAACCGAUAACAUCAUCGCCACUUCGGGCCCCAGUGGCACAUAUCCCCAGCGCGCCUAUCGCAACCCGCUCGACUCCCUCGUCAAGUUUCUCGACUCCAAGCAUGGCGACGACUGGGCCAUAUGGGAGUUCCGUGCAGAGGGGACAGGCUAUCCAGACUCAGAGGUAUACAAUCGUGUGUACCACUAUCCCUUCCCAGACCACCACCCUCCACCUUUCGCCCUCAUACCCAACAUCAUGGCAAGCAUGCGCAAUUGGCUGCAUGAGAAGAAAGGCCGUGUUGUUGUCGUCCACUGCAAAGCUGGCAAGGGGCGAUCCGGCACAGCAAGUUGCAGUUAUCUCAUCAGCGAAGAAGGGUGGCCAAUGCAAAAGGCGCUCGACCGCUUCACCGAGAGGCGCAUGCGCCCCAACAUGGGCAAGGGUGUCAGCAUACCCAGCCAACUGCGCUGGAUAGGCUACGUCGACCGCUGGACCAAGCACGGCAAGAUCUACGUCGAGCGCCAGGUGGAGGUUCUCGAAGUGCACUGCUGGGGACUCAGGGACGGAGUCAAGAUCCAGAUAGAGGGCUUCGUCGAGGACGGCAAACUCAUCAAGAAUUUUCAUACCUUCACCCGAGAUGAGCGCGAGAUUGUGCGCGGCGAAGUCAAGACCACGGGCAUGGCACAGGCCGUCCAAGAGGUCAUGUAUAAGAACGGCUUCGGCCCUUCAAAGACAAACGAAGGAUCCAAGAACAGCAGCACAUUGUCUUUAGAACAGCAAACCAACACUGAUGGCACUGCCGCUGAGCGAAAGACAUCAAGCGAGAGUCUCCCCCUAGGCACAGGCGACGUCGUCUUUCGUCCUUCGAAGCGUGUAGUCCUUCCCACCAACGAUAUCAACAUCGAUGUCGAGCGCCGCAACAAGGCCGCCUUUGACCUCACCAUGGUCACGGCUGUCGCUCACGUUUGGUUCAACACGUACUUUGAGGGCAAUGGCCCGGAGCAGAAGGGUAACGCAGACGAAUCCGGCAUGUUCGAGAUUUCAUGGGAUGCCAUGGACGGCAUAAAAGGCUCGUCUCGGAAAGGUACCCAGGCUUUUGAACGGAUAGCCGUGGUAUGGCGUGCGCUGUCCGCCGAUGAAGGCCGACCUGGUGUAUUGAUCACAGAACCAAAAGAAGGAGAGCCUGUGCGACAGGUGCAACCUGCGGAUUGGAGAGGCACGCACGGCGUGGAGCCGUCCGAAGGCAAAGACCUUGGUGUCCGCAGAGCAAGUCCGACCAACACUCAAUCCGACAUUAGCCGCGCAAACAGCGUCAGAAGCGAAAACAAAAAGAACACGACCGUUGUCAGCGCUCCUGGUCGCAGAGACAGCGAAGACAGCGAUACCAAGGAUGUGCGCUCUCACGGUCCCAAUGGCGAGAGUGUUCUGCCAGAGCCCAGCGACUCCACGGUAUCCGCCAAAGCAGCAGAGAGCGGGCCAGCGACAGCAUCUACAGAUGCCACACUGCCGAGCCAAAUUCAAAGUAGCAGCGGCAACACCACAGCGAGCAAGUCGGAGCCUCUAGACCAAGGCAGUGGGUCGCAUCACACGGGUCUUGUUGACGAGGUGGCAAAGGACAUCAAGCACCACAUUUCUGGCGCAGUCUCGACUGGCGAGCUGCCCGAUGGCAAGCCCGAGAGCGAGAUGAAGGAUGCGAAAGAGCAUGGCUUAGGGCACUUGGCCUUUGGAAAGAAGAAGACGAGUUCGUGA